CUAGCCAGAACGCGUGCACACAGCAGGGUUCCUCGCGCAGUGCGUUCUUUGCCUGUCACUUCCCCACUCAGGAGAACUUAUCAAACAUCAGCCAUUCAGCGGAGGCAAAAUAAACCAACAAAUAAAGACUCAGGAGGGAAUCUGUACAGCUGAAUGUUUGUGGGAGUCUAGAUCAGUGUGAGCGCUGAACGGAAAAGGAGCUUUUUUCUUCAGUGUGAGCGCGAGGAGCCUGUGAUUGGGUUCAGCAUGGAUUAAUAAGCAGCCGGUGAGACUCGAACAGUGCAGUUGCCCUUAGAUGAACGACCUGCACCAUGCCACCAGGGGUUUACUGCGACCUGCAGGAUGUGUGGGAGAAGGAGGGUCGGGAACAGGUCACCAUGGAGUUCCUCCUGCCAACGGGCAUCUACCUCAGUUUUUCCGUAGCAUGCAGUGACACCAUCGCCACAAUCAAAAAGAUGUUGUGGAAGAAUGCCCGGAGCGAGCCUCUCUUCAGCAUCCUGAGCGAUCCCGAUGCCUACGUGUUUACCUGCAUCAACCGGACAGCGGAGCGGGAAGAUCUUGAAGAUGAACAGCGGCGCCUUUGUGAGGUGCGACCCUUCAUGCCUGUCUUCAGGCUGGUUGCACGUGAAGGAGACCGAGUGGAGAAGCUCAUUAACACCCAGAUCAGCCUGCUCCUAGGGAAAGGCCUGCAUGAGUUUGACACUCAAAAGAACCAUGAGGUGAAUGAGUUCCGGAUGAAAAUGCGCUCCUUCUGUGAGGAGAAAGCUCAGGAAAGGCAGCUGUUGCCAUGGCACCAGUGGAUGGAGUACAACUUUCCCUGUGACUUAGAGCCGGUCUCCGUAACGUCUCAAAGUGGGCGGUUGCACACAAGCAUCAAAAAGAUUUUUAUCAACGUCAAGUUUGAGGCCAGCGAGGAGAGCUUCAUGCUGCAGCUGGACCCUCAGGAUCUGCCUGUGGUCCUGAUGAAGAGCGCGCUCAGGAAAAAAGCCACGGUAUUCCGGCCAGUGAAGCAGGAGAAGCCUGAGGAUUACACCUUACAGGUCAAUGGGAGAUGGGAGUUCAUCUAUGGAAAAUACCCCUUGUGCAGGUUUAAAUACAUUUUCUCAUGCUUGUAUGGAGGCCUGACUCCCCAUCUGACCAUGGUGCAUCAUUCCACUAUCUUGAAAUACCAGGAAGAGCAGGGUGGCUUAAGCAACCAGGUCUCCAAGAGCCGCUCUCAGUCUAAACCUCCGCCUCUGCCUCUGAAAAAGCAAAACACAUCAUCACUGUGGUCCAUACUGGAGCCCUUCUACAUCCACCUGCUGCAGGGAACUCGGGUCAACGCCGAUGAGAGCAUGAAGCUGGUGGUUCAGGCGGGUCUUUUCCAUGGCAGUGAGCUUCUCUGUAAAGUGGUAACCAGCAGCGAGGUCAACGUGUGCUCAGACCCAGUGUGGGACCAGAAGCUGUCAUUCGACAUCUCCCUAUGUGACCUUCCUCGCAUGACACGCAUCUGCUUUGCCCUUUAUGGCGUGCUCGACAAGCCCAGGAAGCAGCGGUCAACCAAAAAGAAGAACAAAAAGGCCGACUGUCCUUUGGCCUGGGUGAACACGAUGUUGUUUGACUACAAGGACCAACUGAAGACAGGAGAGAUCUUCUUAUCCACUUGGCCGUCAGCUCCAGAUGACAAAGGUGAUCUGCUGAAUCCUAUGGGCACGGUAGAGAGAAAUCCCAACAUCGACAGCUCUGCAGGCCUCCUUAUUCGCCUCCCUAGUUUCAAACCUCAUCCUCUCUACUACCCUCCCCUGGAAAAAUUGAACGAGGUAAACGGUGAGAAGGCAGCUGUCACGAAAGAGGAGCACCUGAAACUGAAAGAGAUAGUGGACAAUAAAAACCACACCGAGUUCUUUGAGGAUGAGAAAGAGCUGUUGUGGAAGUUGCGUGGAGAGGUGAGAGCAAAUUACCCAGAGAGCCUCUCCAAACUGCUACUCAUCACCAAGUGGAAUAAACACGAGGAAGUAACCCAGAUUGUGGCUCUAUUACGGAAGUGGCCCGACCUACCAGCUCUUCACGCUCUGGAGUUGCUGGACUAUAGCUUCCCCGACCCCCAUGUUCGCUCGUUCACCAUUCGCUGCCUCAGGAAGCUGCGUGAUGAUGAACUCUUUCAGUACCUCCUGCAGCUGGUACAGGUUCUGAAGUAUGAGCCAUACCUGGACUGUGACUUGACCACCUUCCUCCUGGAGCGAGCUUUGUCCAACAAGAGGAUAGGUCACUUCCUGUUUUGGCAUCUCAGGUCUGAACUUCAUGUGCCCUCUGUCAGUCUGAAAUUUGGCCUUAUUCUGGAGGCUUACUGCAGAGGAAGCAUCUACCACAUAAAGAGUCUCAUGAAGCAGAAUGAGGCUCUGAGUAAAAUGAAAGCUCUGAAUGACUUUGUGAAGUCAGGCUCGCAGAAGUCGGCGUCCAGGUCGCAGAUUACGGAGGACAUGAAACUGUGCAUUAAACAGGACACGUACUUGGAGGCACUGUCUGGCGUCGUGUCCCCCCUCAACCCGAGCAUCAUCCUCUCUGAAAUCUGCACGGACAGGUGUAAGUUUAUGGACUCUAAGAUGAAGCCUCUCUGGCUGAUGUACAAGAACAAGUGUGUCCAGUCAGAGGCUUUGGGCAUUAUCUUCAAGAAUGGAGAUGAUCUCAGACAAGAUAUGCUAACCCUUCAGAUGAUCCAGCUAAUGGAUGUUCUGUGGAAGACAGAAGGGUUGGAUCUUAGAAUGAUCCCCUACGGCUGCUUGUCCACUGGGAAUAAGACGGGUCUUAUCGAGGUGGUGAAAAACUCUGACACCAUUGCAAACAUCCAGAGAAAUAAGAGCAACAGCGCUGCCACUGCUGCCUUCAACAAAGAUGCUCUUCUCGACUGGCUCAAAUCCAAGAACCCAGGGGAUAAACUGGAUCAGGCCAUUGAGGAGUUCACACUGUCUUGUGCAGGCUACUGUGUAGCUACUUAUGUUUUGGGAAUUGGGGACCGCCAUAGUGACAACAUCAUGAUCCGGGAGAAUGGUCAGUUAUUCCAUAUAGAUUUUGGACAUUUUUUGGGGAACUUCAAGGCCAAGUUUGGGAUUAACAGAGAACGUGUGCCUUUUAUUCUGACUUACGACUUUGUCCACGUCAUUCAGCAAGGCCGGACAAACAACAGUGAGAAAUUCGAACGUUUCCGUGAAUGUUGUGAACAGGCGUAUAAGAUCCUCUGUCGAAACGGAACUUUAUUUGUGAAUCUCUUUGCCUUGAUGAGAGCUGCGGGACUCCCUGAGCUCAGUUCCUCCAAAGACAUUCAGUACCUAAAGGAUUCCUUAGCACUUGGCAAAUCUGAGGAUGAAGCACUGAAGAAUUUUAAAGUGAAGUUCAACGAAGCUCUGCGAGAGAGCUGGAAGACUAAGGUGAACUGGAUGAUGCACACUUUUGCCAAAGAUAACAGAUGAACGCUGGCGUGUUGAAGCAGAGGCUUUGGCAUGCCGUUCAAAUCAAGUCCUGUUUUGAAGCCAGGAUUUGAACCAGUUCAAGUUUCAGAACUAGUUUGUUGUAAAGUGGAAAUUCAUCUCUUGUCUGUCUAUUUUGCUUCGUUUAACUGUUCAUGUUUUCACUGCAAUUCAGUGGAGGGCUCUAGCUACAAAAUGGAGUACGUCUCUGUAUGAAAUUAGUUGUGAGAAAUGUAAAAAAUUGUACAACUCAUAAUUGGCGCUAAUUUAUCCUUCGUCACUGACCUGAUGCUUUGUAAGGCACUGGAAAAUAUUUAGAACUCUGAAUAUAUGAUCUGAAAGAGUGUUUGUAUUUAUGACUAUUAGUUGUACAGAAGAGAUUGACUACUGGCCAGGAGAAUGAAACACACUGAAUGUGUUUCUUAGAGUUUACAUUCCAUCUUGCAUAUAGUUUUACUUUAUCUAUUUGUACUUGAAUAUUUUGGUUGUACAUAUUCCUUAUUUUGUGACUUGUAUUUUGGUAUUUAAAUUUUUGAGCAGUAUUUUGGAUUAUUUUUUAAUUACGUGUAUAAAGGAAAAUCAUGAGUUUGUAUUGGGGGAAAAGCAGAACUGAGCCUGAAAUGUUUUGUGUCUUGGAUAUUUGUGACCUGUGGAAUGAGAUAUUUAUUAAGAUCUAAAGAGUUUCUGCGUGAGUUCUCCUCGUGUGUGUGGGGGUGGGUGGGUUUCCUCUGGGUUGUCUAGUUUCCUCUCAACUCACAAAAACAUGCUAUUGGGUUGACUGGUUAUGUUAAAUUGCCCCUAGGUGUGUGUGUGUGUGUGUGUGUGUGUGUGUGUGUGUGUGUGUGUGUGUGUGUGUGUGUGUGAUGCUCUGCACUGGACUGGUGUCCUAUUCAUGGUGUUUUCCUGCAUCAUGCUCGGUGUUCUUGGUAGAGGCUUUGGAUCCACUGAGCCCCUGACCAGGAUAAAGAGAUUACUGAAGAUGAAUGAAUGAAUGAAUGAAUGAAUGAACACUUUAGGUACUGUUGUCCAGAGACAUGUUGGUCCGGCGUUUUCCAAAAUGUAUUGGCUAUGUGUGCACUCCACGAAGACAGAUCAGUUGAAUUGAUCUACCUCUUUGGUAAACAUCAGGGCAAGGCGAGAAAGAAGUUUUUUUUUUUUGUCCUGGCAGUUAGAGAUUUCUUAACGGUUGGAAACAACAUUUGAGAUUAACUGCACUCAACCACUUUCGAGUUCCUUUUGUUUGUGUAAAAUCACACUCCUCUUCUUAAUAUUUAAGUGCAGCUAUGUAUAUUUGAUAUUUUCAUGUUGAUUCGUUUUGAUGUUUAGAUUAAAUCUGCCUUAUUUUUUGAAUGUUAGCGGUAAAUAUCAUCAUGUACCCUCCUUUAACCUGAAUGUCAUUAAAUGUGUGUCUUUGUGUGUAGAAAAGGCAAGGGAAGUUGGUCUGUGGGCUACAAAAGUUGACCAACACGCACUCCUUGCGUUUCACUAUUGUUUUGAACACACCCUUGACAAAAUUUUCUCUCAGAAGUACAUACUAUAAGUCAAAGCACUGACCACUUGCAAAGUAUAGGGGAUUUGUAACAAGGCAGACUUUUCAGAACAAGUACAAUGUACACAAGGCAAUCUGUUAAUUUACCUACAUACAGGCAUAUUGGCUUGCUAAUAAGCUAGUGCCCUGAUUAGCUGUUUUGGUAACUAAAUAUACCAAUAAAAUAUAAUGAUGAUGUGAUUUGUUUGGUGACAUUUCCUUUUAACAGUGUACUGUACAGUAAUAUUAUCUCACUGACUAGCCUUCUUAUGAUGUAGCUCCCUAGCUAACUUUUUAGUUAGCUAAAAAAAAGUAGCUAGCUAGCGAGCAAGAAUGAAACAAAGCUGUUUUCCCGAAUUCAGAAAUUUCAGCCGAAUUCCUUCGAAAACCAAGAGCUUUUCUACCAAGUUUUUAAUGAGCUAAUGAAGUAUUUGAGCAGUGCGACAGAUUCCCUCAGUGGAAAGGCAAGAAUGGUGUGCUAAAGCAGUACUGAAAUUCAGGAUGAAAGUCACUUCAAAUGAUCUGUCAGUCACAUGCUUCUCAUCACUUUCUUUGUAUUAAAAUGACUGUAACUAUUAGAUUUGGCCACCAAUUUGUUAAAACAACAACAAAACCCUCCAUCCAGGAACACUUACUGCACCCUUAUUUAUUCGUCAACUUUUUUAUAAAAUGAUGGCAGAAAAGGUCUGGAACUGGAGUCUGCAGUACUUUGGUUUUCAAUCACGUUAGGAAAUAUCCGUGUGUACAAGGUGUUGCUAAAUGUGCAAUGCAUAGUUUGUUAAAGAAAUGCUUUAAAUGUCAUAAAGGACAAACUUUCAUGAA